AUGCCCAAGAAAGAAGUCUAUCAGCUCCAUCCCCUCGGGUGGGAGAAUGAUCCCCAGGAGGAGCGGUUCAAGGUCUCCACCCUGGACUACCUGACGGCCUGCACCUACAACAACUAUGCCGUCUACUUCCGGUUGAGCGACGCCGACAAGCCCCGGGUCGUCGAGAUCCUCAAAGCCGGUCUCGAGCGCACCCUCAGCCAGACGCGCCACCUGUGCGGCAUCAUCGAGAAGGACGAAGAAGGCGGCCACUCCUUCGUCAAGAAACAGGACAGCACCGUCCGCUUCGAGGUCCAAUGGCUAGACGCGCCAGAGGAAAAACACAUCUCGUUCGACGAGAUCGAACAGGCCAACUUCAGCGCCGUCAUCAUGGGCGACCUCAACACCUGGAGCGUGCCGCCCAUGACCUACGGCGAGAAGGCCGAGGCCCACCCGGACAACCGCCCUGUCGCAGCCGCCUACAAGGCCAACUUCGUCCGCGGCGGACUGGUCUUCAUCAUGCAUAGCCACCACUACGCCAACGACGUGAUGGGCUGGUCGGGUCUGACCCACCAGCUGGCCGAGAACUGCUACGCCAUCGUCAACCAGACGCCCUUCCCCGCGUGGGAUCCCGCCUGUCUCGACCUCUCCCGACUCACCAAGCCCCAAGUCCCCGAGGCGUCCAUGAUCGACGGGCCUCCCGCCCCCCAGCGUCACCCAGACCAUACCGUGUCGGAGUCGCUCUUCUUCCACCUGCCCAAGAGCAAAGCCGCUGAGCUGAAGAAGCUCGCCACUCCGGCUCCUCCUCCCAGCGCCCCAACCUCCCCAAUGGACACCGUCACAGGCUUCCUCCGGCGGAUACUCUGCCGCCCCGCCCCUCCACCCGCCCCCACAACCACCCCGGACGUCCCCUGGAUCUCCACCUACGACGCCUUCACAGCCUUCAUCUGGCGCACCGUGACCCGCGUCCGAGCACCCACCUUCAAACCCGACCUGUCCAAGCCCCUCUUCUGGGCCGAAGCAGUCGACAUGCGCCGCCGCUUCCACAGCCCCAAGGUCGCGCCCCGCAUCCAACACAACGUCAUGUCCGCCGCGCUGUCCAUCAACGCGCCCGUGCCCGCCCCAACAGCCGGCCAAGUCAUCUCCGAAUGGCCCCUCUCCCGCCUGGCAGGCUACGUCCGGCAACUCACAAACAGCACGACGCAAGAAGCGCUCGACGAAGCGCUCUCCACAGUCGCCACCGUGCGCGACAAAACCGCGCUCAACAUCCGCGCGGACUCCCACCCGCCCCUCUCAAUCCUGUUCACCGACCACCGCGACGCGCGCAUCACGGCCACGAACUUCGGGUUCGCGACCCCGGUGACGUACCGCCAUCUGUUGGAUGUGGUCAGCGCGGGUGUGUUUAUCAUCUAUCCGCCGCGGGAUGAGAAGCCGGGGUCGGAUGAGGGGCCGGAGUUCACGAUUGCGUUUGAGAGGGAGCUGAAGCAUUUGUUGUUGGAGGAUGAGGAGUGGAAUAAGUAUUUUGAGUUUAGGGGGGUGGAUGCUGUUUAUGCUGCUCGUGCUUAG